GACAGAGAUUGGAAACGUCGGGAUCCACCUUCGUCACAGUUUGAUGCACUUUAGCAGAGUCACUUCUUCCUCGGGAGUAAGAAUAAGUUCCAAAGUUGAAAUCGCGGCGUUGGAAAAUCGAUACUUUCUGCUCCCAGGCGUCAUUGCAACAAAAAUAACUCAACAGCGCCUACAGAGAAGGAGAGCCGGUCGGGCCUUCCCCAGGCGCUGUCCUCGGAGAUUAUCCGGAACUUCAUCACCACUGCAGCCUUGUCGCGGACACAAUGUCGUCUGUCAAAGUUGAAUGCAUUGUGCCAGUGAACUACAAAAUUGGAGAAUCACCUCUAUGGGAGGAAAAGGAAAAUUCCCUUCAUUAUGUAGAUAUAACUGGCCAAAAGGUCUGUCGGUGGAAUUAUCUCACUAAAGAAGUGCAAAGUAUUUCCGUGGAUGCCCCCGUGAGCAUUAUAUCACUUCGUAAAUCUGGUGGCUAUAUUAUUACACAGGGAACCCAGUUUGCAGCUCUUGACUGGAAAAAGAAGUCCGUUACCACCAUUACUGAUGUGGAGAACGAAAAACCCAACAACCGAUUCAAUGAUGGGAAAGUGGAUCCUGCAGGAAGACUAGUUGCAGGUACGAUGUCUCAGGAGAUUCGUCCUGCGGUGGUUGAACGGCACCAGGGCUCACUCUACACUCUCUUUUCCGACCAUUCUGUGGUGAAACAUUUUGACAAGGUGGACAUUUCCAACGGUUUGGAUUGGUCUCUGGAUCACAGAACCUUCUUCUACAUCGACAGCCUUUCGUACCACGUUGAUGCCUUUGAUUAUGACCUGCAAACCGGGGAGCUUUGCAACCGCAGGAGCAUGUACAAAUUGGAAAAGGAAGAGUCCAUUCCUGAUGGGAUGUGUAUUGAUACAGAGGGGAAGCUUUGGGUGGCCUGUUUUGGUGGAGGACGGGUAAUCCGUAUAGAUCCUGAAACAGGAAAAAGAAUUCAGACAGUGAAGCUGCCUGUAGACAAUACAACUUCUUGUGCUUUUGGUGGAUAUGAUUAUUCAGAACUGUUUGUCACUUCAGCUUCUACUGGACUGGAUGAGUCGUCUCUCAUACAUCAACCACAGGCUGGUGGUGUUUUCAAGAUUACUGGCCUUGGGGUGAAAGGAAUCCCACCAUAUUCAUAUGCAGGUUAAUACAUACCCUUGAAGACGCAAGUAUCAAAACAAGGAUGGAAGGAAAUGACAGCAUUGCAUCACUGCACAGUUUAUCUGUCUCUUUUUUAGAAGCUAUAAAAGGAUGGUCGACCAACAAGUACAGGAAAAAACUCCCAAGCCAUGAAUUCAGAUCUGAAUUGUGCCCAAUUUGCUUUUUUAUUAUAGCUAAGUAAAAAAAUGUUUUUCCUUUCUGUUAAAUCAAUAUUUUAAUAAAGUUUCAAAUAUAUAA